GCAUCUCCGUGGCUGUCCUACACCUCGGAGUGCCUGGUGGCCCUGUGGUUCGCCCUGGGGCCAAGGUGGGAGACAGACAGGGCCGCCGUGCACCCAACGCCGGCGGCAACCUUCACUCUCCAAGAGGACGCCAACCUCCGUAUCACGGGCGGCCGGCGGGAUCCGCCAAGUUGGCACCUGCGCAAG